CUCCAUGGUUCUGGUACUGUAGUUCUGGCGAGUAGGAGGAGGCGCUGUGUUGUCGUUGCAGCAGGAAGGUCGAUGAUCGCGGGCGCAUCGUGGGGCAUCGCAAGAUCCGAAACUCGAGAUGGGCCGCUUUGGAAAGAUAACUAAUGACCCACACUCGUAUGCGAAGCCAGACCAGUGCCUAGUCACUCACAUUCACCUUGAGAUUGAGAUCGAUUUUCAGCGUAAAGUAAUUGCCGGUUUCGUUGACAUAACGUGCGAGAAACGAUCAGAUGAAUGCAGCGUUCUGGUUUUGGACACACAAGACCUAAUAGUGAAACGUGUUCAACAACGUGAAAAGAGAAAGGAGCUCGAUUUCACCCUGGCUGAAGCUGACCCCAUCUUGGGCUCCAAACUAGAAGUUCAAUUGGGGCCAGAAGACUUUGCUCGCGGCAACUGUGCCAAAAUUUGUGUGGAGUAUGAAACCUCACCAACUUCAAGUGCUCUGCAGUGGCUGACAGCUCAACAGACUGCAGGGAAACUGUAUCCGUACCUCUACAGUCACUGUGAGCCAAUUCAUGCUAGAUCAAUGUUGCCUUGCCAGGAUACACCGAGUGUAAAGAUGCCAUACAGUGCUUUGGUUCGAGCACCAAAAGAACUAACAGUCCUGAUGAGUGCAAUUUGUCAGGGCUGUGAUGAGUGUGGUGAUGGUGCAACAAGGAUGACUAAGUUCACGCAGAAGGUUCCAGUGCCAUCCUAUCUUAUAGCCAUCGUUGUUGGUGCCAUUGAAAGAAGGAAAAUAGGCCCAAGGUGUGCUGUCUUGGCUGAGAAGGAGCAGCUAAACUUGGCCGUUAUUGACUUCGCAGAUACAGAACGGAUGCUGUGCUCUGCCGAGUCCUUGGUGGGUCCUUACCUUUGGGGUGUCUAUGACCUGCUGGUGCUGCCACCAUCAUUUCCCUAUGGUGGCAUGGAGAACCCCUGCCUUACAUUUGCUACACCUUCCCUUCUGGCUGGAGACAAGUCCCUUGCCAAUGUGGUUGCCCAUGAGAUUGCCCACAGUUGGACAGGCAAUUUGGUCACUAACAAGACCUUCGAGCAUUUCUGGUUGAAUGAAGGCUUCACCGUGUUCUUGGAGCGAAAGAUCAUUGGCCGCCUUUUUGGAAAUGAGAUGAGAGAGUUCCAAGCUUUGGACGGCAUUGAAGAUCUACGGUACACUAUUGAAACCCUCGGCGUAGACAAUCCACUAACAUGCCUGGUUCCCCGUCUUUCCGGUGUCCACCCUGAUGAGGCUUUCUCUAGUGUUCCUUAUGAAAAGGGGCAUACUUUCUUGUACUACCUGGAGACACUGCUGGGAGGACCAGAAGUGUUUGACAACUUCCUGCUGGCCUACAUUGAGAAAUACAAGUACCAAUCUGUGGACACAUGGCAGUGGAAGGCUUACCUGUAUGACUACUUCAAGGACAAGGCAGACAUUCUCAACAGUGUAAAGUGGGAGGCCUGGUUGCACUCUCCAGGGAUGCCACCUGUGAUACCAAGUUACAACCGAGCACUAGUCAUACCGUGCGAGCAACUGUGUGCCAAAUGGGCCAAUCCAGGAACCGACUUGGAAAGCUUCUCACCUGAAGAUAUUUCCUCCCUUCAGCCUGGCCAGAGGAGCUUGUUUCUGUCACUCUUGCUAAAAGAAAAGCCACUGUCUGCUGACCAGAUUCAGUUGCUGACAAAAACGUACAAGAUGGAAGAAACUGGUAAUGCAGAAAUCAAGUUCAGGUGGCUGCGCCUAGGGUUGCGGGCCAAGUGGGAGCCAGUUGUGCCGCAUGUCUGCCAAUUUCUGCGAACAUAUGGACGAAUGAAGUUUGUCUGUCCUCUGUUCAGAGACCUGCAUUCUUGGGAGGAGAAGCGGCAGCUGACCAAAAAGCUUUUCACUGAGCUGAAGCCUCAAAUGAUGCACGUUGUCACACUCAGGCUAAGCAAGGACCUUGCCUUGUCAUGAUGAAGCUGUCCAUAAUUUGUUUUGUGGGGGUGUGCCUUCUACUCAGUCUUUGAAUUAUAAAAUGGAAGUCCCAGCAA